AUGGCAUGUUCAAUUACUGUUGAGGAUGUCUUUGGGCCAGUAGUGGCUAGCUCGUGCCUUGGAGGUUUCGACUUUACCCUUCUCUUCGAGGAGAGUAUCCUAACCCUCGUUCCACUGGGAAUUGCAGGUCCAUUCAACGAACUAGUUGCGUGGGCGUUUUUCCGGUUCCGUGCCCUUCAUCGUGAGCCUGCCAAAGCCCAGCCAUCAUGGCUUGCCGCAUUGAAAUUGGCCACCUACGCCGUCUUCGUCGCUCUUCAAACUGCGAUUCUCAUACUUUAUGCGCUGCACCAAGCGCCAAAGACGAGACUUACGCUGGCCUGCGCUGCCCUGACGGUUGUAGGGUACUGUAUACUGGCAGCGGUGUCGUACCUUGAACAUGUACGCUCUGUGCGCCCAUCAACGCUGCUGAACAUCUACCUCGGCGUGUCGACCCUCUUGGAUCUGGCGAGGACUCGCACCCUCUUCUUCAUCCAAGGCAGCCGGACUAUCGCCGUUAUAUUCCUGGUAGGCUUCAUUAUUAAGAUCCUGUGCUUCGUCCUGGAGGUUAUCGAGAAGCGUCACCUCCUAAAACCCAAGUGGAAGGAUGCAUCUCCCGAAGCAACCAGCGGUGUCAUCAAUAGAUCUCUCUUCCUAUGGCUAAACGGCCUGUUUAUCAAAGGAUGCCGUGCGUUAUUGACGGUUAACGUGCUCACUCCCCUUGAUGAUGAACUGUUAGCCGCGUCAGAGCCGUCGGCGCUCUUGAAAAGAUGGGAAAAAACUGACAAAACACGGAGAUAUGCCCUAUUCUGGGCGUUCUUCAUCCACUACAAAUGGAACAUUUUGGCCGGUGUUUUACCGCGAUUGGCCUAUACGGGCUUUAGCUACUCUCAACCGUUCCUUGUCCAACAGGUCCUGGAUUUCACUGCUGAGGCCCCCCACGCUCAGACCAACAAUAUCGCCUACUCUUUAGUCGGGGCCUACGCUAUUGCCUAUAUUGGGCUUUCGCUAUCAUACGCAGUUUAUGAACAUAAGACGUAUCGUUUGAUCACUUUGUACCGUGGCAGUUUGGUUACGUUCAUAUUUGAAAAAACCCUGCGUAUCGAUUCUACAAGUGAUGACAAUGCGGAGGCAAUCACUUUGAUGAGUGCAGACAUUGACCGCAUUGGUUACAGUAUGACCCUUGUCCAUGAAAUUUAUGCUGGUUUUAUUGAGAUUGCCAUUGCUCUCUGGCAGCUGCACAGGCUCCUUGGGAUUGCUGUUGUUGCUCCAGUUGGGUGGAUAAUAGUCUGCCUGAUACUGGGAGUUCCUCUUGCAAAGGCUGCUGCUGAUGCGCAAAUCCCGUGGCUGGAGGCAAUAGAAGUCCGCCUUGCCGCAACUGCAAAAUCGUUGGGCUCAAUGAAAGCAAUAAAAAUGACUGGGUUGGCAGAAAUAGUGUCAUCCCAUAUUACAAAUCUACGGUUAGAUGAGAUUCGUGCUUCUCUCCGUCAUCGUGUCUUCAGUAUACUUGUGUUCGUUGCAGCUUUUAUAUCUUCUGAGUUCGCUCCGGUAUGGGGGUUUGGAGUAUUCAUACUUCUUGCAAAGUCAAAUAAUACGGGCACUUUAACUGAUGGAGUCGCAUUUGCCUCGCUAAGCCUUUUCGAACUUCUCAAUCAUCCCGUGACAACAAUUAUUAAUGGCUUCGAAGAUAUUAAAACAGUUCUCAACUCAUUUGGCCGUAUACAAGAAUACUUAAUGGCAAGAGAAAGGGAGGACUAUAGGUCACCACUGGUGGAUACAAGUGACUCCUCCGCCUCCGACCUUUCUACUCCCAUCACGGCCUGUAGCCAUACCCUCAAAGACAAUAUUGUUCUCGAGGAGAUUCAAAGAUCGGAGUCAGAAACUGCAGUAUUUGCAGCCACAGUAGAGAACGCAUCGGCAGGCUACGUGGCUGAAAGGGAUCCAAUUCUAAAGGGGCUAAACUUCCAUAUUCCCCAUGGUGAGAUUACUAUGAUUUUUGGCCCUGUCGGGUCUGGAAAGUCUACCCUUCUAAAACUCCUGCUCGGGGAAAUACCAGUUAUUUCUGGCUCCGUAAGGACAUCCUUUGCUAAAGUUUCAUACUGUCCUCAAUCGCCGUGGUCUACCUGGGGGACUGUCCAAAGCAACAUUGUCGGUAUGGCGGAGUGGGAUAAAAAAUGGUACGACACUAUUAUUUCUGCCUGUGCUCUCUCUGCGGACCUCGAGGAAUUAGCAAACGGGGAUCAAACCCACACUGGUACCCAGGGAUCUAGGCUCAGUGGUGGCCAGAAAAUGCGUGUGUCAUUCGCCCGUGCACUUUAUUCCAGAAACCCUACUAUGAUACUUGAUGAUGUCUUGACUGGGCUAGAUCGAGCUACCGAACGACACAUUCUUGAUGAGGUUUUCAGCUCUGAUGGCUUGCUAAGGAAAUUGAAGUCUACAGUUGUUCUAUCUACAAACUCUGGCAAGUCUAUAAACCACUUGAGUUUUGCGGAUAAUGUUAUUUUCUUAAAUGACAAGGGCGAAAUAUCUCGGCAAGGUAGCUUGGAAAGCCUGUUUGCUGAUGAGGAUAUUAAAGGACUUGCAAGUCAACCCCGAACAACAACAUCCCAACGGGAGCAGGAGCUCUCAGAGGACGUUUUGCAUGAACUUGAAAUACUCGAAGAUCCAAAGCUGGAAACUAGCCGUAUGACUGGGGACAUGAAGGUAUAUGCUUACUAUGCAAAGAAUGCAGGAUGGUGGACUAUUUCACUCUACAUCCUGGCGUGCUGUGUUUUCGUAUUUGGUGUUACUUUUCCAUCUCUCUGGCUACAAUGGUGGACAAACGCGAAUGCAAUUCGUCCGAACGAGCGUGUUGGAUACUGGCUUGGCGUUUAUGGCGCUCUUGCGUUUGUCGCAAUCCUAAGUGCCACUUUCUCUGACGCCAUGUUCAAUCUAGUGGUGCUUCCUAAAACCUCUCGAAGGUUCCAUGAAGUACUUCUAACUACAACUAUGAAAGCGACAACAUCCUUUCUUACCUCUACCGAUGCUGGAACCACAGUGAACAGGUUUAGUCAAGACCUAGAACUAAUCGAUAAUGAUCUACCCCAAUCCAUCGACCAGUUUAUUUUCCAGUUUUUAUCUGCCAUUGUUUCCGGUGUUCUUGUCUUCAUAGGGGCAGGAUACAUAGCAGCGGCUAUCCCACUGUGCAUCCUUGCACUUCUAGUUGUUCAAUUUUAUUAUCUCCGAACAUCCAGGCAACUACGACUUUUAGAUAUUGAAGCGAAAGCGCCACUUUUCUCACAGUUUUUAGAAACUGUUGGUGGUGUAGCGUGUAUUCGAGCCUAUGGAUGGACACAGAGCUACACGGAGCGCCACUACAAGGCCUUGAACAUAUCACAAAAACCAUACUACCUACUCUGGUGUAUUCAAAGAUGGCUCAUCCUCGUCCUAGAUCUUCUCAAUGCAGGGCUUGCCGUCACUCUAGUUGCAAUUGCAACCAACGUUCGCAGCGCGUCUACGCCGUUCCUUGGUGUGGCACUGUUCAACAUUGUAACUUUUAGCUCAACACUUCAGACACUUGUUACAUCCUGGACCCAGUUGGAAACAGCUCUUGGAGCGAUAAACAGAAUACGGUCUUACUCCCAGGACGUCAAGGAUGAAAAUCUUCCCAGGGAAAAUGGUAGUGUGACUGAUGAUUGGCCGCAAUCCGGGGCAAUCGCUUUCAAAAAUAUUUCAGCAUCCUACGAAUCCCCUCUCGAGCCAGUUUUAAGGGAUAUUGAUUUUCUUCAUCAAUGCAGUGGAAAGUCAUCUCUUGUAUCGUGCCUGCUUCGCAUGUUAGAUAUGGAUUCUGGUACGAUUUUAGUUGAUGAUAUUGACAUCAGUACAAUUCCUCGACAGGAGGUCCGGCGGCGGCUGAACACACUUCCGCAGGAGCCAUUCUUUCUCUAUGGCAGCGUCCGCGAAAAUAUCGAUCCUCUAAAAAUGGCAACUGAUGAAAACAUUAUAAACGCCCUACGGGCUGUGGGGCUAUGGGAAUUUUUGGACUCUCGUGGCGGACUGGAUGAGGAACUUGCUGAGGAUAAGUUAUCCCACGGCCAGCGGCAGCUGUUCUGCCUUGCUCGCGCAGUGGUCAAGCAGGGGAAGAUUCUCAUCAUGGAUGAGGCUACCAGUAGCGUGGAUGCAGAAACUGAUGAAUUAAUGGGAAGCGUGCUUCGUGAGAAGUUUAAGGAUACGACUGUUGUUGCCAUAGCUCACAAGCUUAACACAGUACUUGACUUUGACCGUGUUGUGUUGUUGGACAAAGGGGCAGUUAUCGAGAUGGGCAAUCCAAAGGAACUUCUCUCAACACCCGCCUCAGCUUUCUACGAGCUCUAUCAGAAGCUCGCAAGCGAAGAUGAGAAGCUCGCAAGCGAAGAUGAGAAGCUCGCAAGCGAAGAUGAGAAACUCGCAAGCGAAGAUGAGAAGCCCGAAUGA